AUGAGCCACGGGGACGCGUCGACGAAUGGUGAUAACAACAUAGUCACUCUAGAGCGCGAGGCCAAGACUCCGCCGGCGGCGUUCUAUCUGGAUGAUGCUUUCUCGGAUGGUGAUGAGCCGGAGAUGCCUUUCGAAUUUUCCUCUGCAACGAUUCGUGCUGAGCUGGGAAACUCCUUGUCUCCUCCAUACGACGACGUGGAAGGGGUCGAAGAUGAUUGGGUCAAGGAGAAACAGUCUUCUCGCAUCACGGACGCCUCCGUUUCCACCCUUGACAUCAAUGGCCUCGAAGAGCCUUCUCAUUCAUCCCCGCCUGCCAUUGACUCUCGACAACUAUCUUCCCAAUUUGAUCAGAUUUCUCUUAACUCUCCUCAUCUGGAGCGCGCAGAGGAGCGCAUCCACGAGGAGUCCCCCGUCGAAGAGAAUACUAUCACCGUCAUGGAUGAACAUUCUAGCUCUAGUGGUGAUACCGUUCCGCAAGAUAUUCGUGAUCGUGAGGAGCACGAUCCCGAAGCGAACACCUAUCCCACCGUUCACAUCGAUGCCUCAGUGUCAUUUCCCGUCGUGGUCGAAGUCACACCCAGCUCACGUCCAAUCUCUCCAGCGGUUCACUUAGACUCCCGAGCACGGGCCUCGCAAGAAAAUCCCAGUGUACUCUCUCCUUCUGAGCCCAAUCCGAAAUCCGUUUCGACACCAUCUCUUCCCAUGCAUUCUCCUUCAUCGUCAUUAGCGAGCGCAACACUCCCUCGACCGUCUUCCAGCCACAGACCUACUCGUUCCACAGGUCCGAGUAUGUUUGAAAGAGUGGUAAGCAAAACACGGCCAACGUUCUUACCUCCCAAAAGCCGCGAGGAGGAUAAGAAGCAUAUGGCGGAUUGGGAGAAGAUGAUGAGGCGAAGUCGUGUUGCUGAGGAAAAGCGCCGGAAAGCAUUAAACGAACGGAGGCUUGUACGGGAGCUAAGAGUCGAAGAGUCACUCCACAUCUGGGAACAUGAAAUUCUUCCGGACUGGCGAGUUGUCAACAAGAAUCCUGCGCUGCGAAGACUUUGGUGGGCUGGAAUACCAACAAAACUUCGAGCAACGAUGUGGGAACGCGCAGUUGGAAACUCGUUGGCCCUGAGUAAAGAUACAUACCGGACAUGUCUCGCUCGGGCUAAGCGCGCACUGGCGGCCGGUACAUUCCCGACAACUACCAUAAGUCUGAUCGAAGACGAUGUCUUGAACACGCUGCCGUCUCUACACAUAUUCCACCCAGAAACAGGACCCAUGUAUCAGGAUCUCAAAGACAUGCUCUAUGCAUGGGUCGUUGCACGAUCCGACGAAGGCUUGGGAUAUGUACCGGGCGUCGCCAGGAUCGCAGCUAUGAUCGUCUUAAACAUGCCCCCUGUGCAGGGAUUCAUCACCAUGCGCAACCUACUAGAGCGACAUUGUAUGCGUUCAUUCUAUGGCGGUCUAGCGACAAAAGACGAUGUUGAAGCGUAUUACAGUAGGAUUUUCGACACUUUGUUGGCCGACGGGAUGCCUAAAAUCUACUUCAACUUCAAACAACACCAGAUAUCGCCGUCUGCUUAUCUUCCAGAUUGGCUGAUACCUAUCUUCCUGGACCAUCUUCCGUUCGAAGCGUGUGCUCGAAUAUGGGAUGUAAUUCUGCUGGAAGGGGACUCAUUCUUGUACCGGGCUUCUUUGGCAGCUCUAGCUGUCCUAGAGCCGCGCCUAUUCUUCCCUGACAAACAAGAGCUUAUGGAUUUGCUACGCGGCGAGAAUAAAGCGGCUUUGGAGGUAGCAAGGCGGGAUGGCGUGCCAUUAAACGGAGGGAAAUACGAGAUAUAUGGCGUCGAUGAGGAGACGCUGUGGGACCGUAUUGGCGCUAUGGACGACUGGUGGAAGGAGAGCACUUGGACAAGAUUGCUGACAAGAGAACUGCCGGACUUGUAG